AACAUAAACAAAGCUGAAAGCAAUAUUUUUUUUAAUGUAUUUACUUCAUUUUUAUUUUAUUAAUUUAAAAUGAAAUACAUUUUAUCUUAAUUUGAAGGAAAAAUGAGUAAUACAGUAGAUAACUAAAUUGUGGUGGGUUCUUAGAUAUUUAUUAAGCACAAAAAUUAUGGCUCACAUGCCAAAGGAACAUGGGGAAAUAUCAAAAAAUGAAGAAGUACUACAAAUGAAGUAUGAGGAAAACAACAAAAUAACAAAACAAUUUAUGGAUGAAAUCAAUGAAAUGAAAAGUAAGAUAGAUAAUUAUGAUAAGCACAGUACACCAGAUGUUAAACAUAAAUCAAAACCAAUUAAAUCUACAGAAUUUAAUACGUUUAUGAAAAUUAUUGACAAUGGUGAUACUAUUGAAGAAAUUAAAACGGUUACAAGUAAAGAAAUAACUAUCAAAAAUUAUGUGCUACAAAAAGAAAUUGAUCGUUUAAACAACGAACUGGUGAAAAAAGAUGAUUUAAAUGAUCAUUUACAAGAAGAAAAUAAAAAACUGAUUGAAGAAAAAGAUAAAUAUUUUCAUCAAUUAUCAUUACUCAAAGAAAAAAUAAGGAAACAUGAGAAAGAAAUUGAUCAUUUAACUGGAACACUGAAAAUUAGAGAUUCUGAGGUGAAUAGAAUAUUAAAAGAAAUAGGGUGUAUAGAAAGAAAAUUUAAACAUGAACAAAUCAUACAUGAAAAACAAAAAUCAAUUUUUAUAAAAGCCUCAGAUGAGAAUAAACAGCUAAAAGAAACUGUAAAAAAGUUGGAAGCCACACAUAAAGACAUUGAAGAAAAGUAUACAAAAGCAUUAUCCAAGAAUGACGAUAUUUUGGCAAAAUGUGUUAGAGAAAAGGAUGUGCUUAUUACAGGAUUCAGAAAACAAUUAGAACUAAUAGAUUCAUUGAAGAAACAAAAUGUUAGAACAAAGUUACAAGAAGAAAUAAAUAUUUUAGAAAAUGAAUUUACUAAACUUUUAGAGGGUAAAUAAAAUUAUUUAUUAGAUAAUAAAAAUUC